UUUUUUUUUUUGUUAACCUUUAUUUUUGAAUCAUUAACAAAACAAUGCCUCCUAAGAAGAGAACAAUAAAAAAAUCAACCAAGGAAGAAAAGCCUGAGCAGGACAAAAUAGUUCUUCAAGAAGAAUCUUCAAAGCUAAUUUCCGAAUCAAGCUCAACAAAACGUAAACAUGAUGCUGAAGAAGAAGAAGAAGAAGAAAAAGAUCAAAAAUCAGUAAAUGAAAAUAAAGAGGAAAACCAAUCAUCAACUGGUUCUACACUUUCUGAUCGAAUGGCUAAAUUAAGGGAGCUCAAAAGACGCAGAGCAACUGAAAUCGAACAAGGAAAUCGUCGUGAUCGUAAUCUCGAAUUUCAACGUAGUAAAGAAAAUCCUAAAUUACAAGCUAAAGAUGAACGGAAAAGAGCAGAAGCUUUAAAGUUAUUAGAAAAGCAAGAGGCAGAAGAUAAAGGAGAAGAUUAUGAACGUAAGCAGUUCUGGAAAUAUUCUGCUGAAUCAGUUGAAGCAUGGGAAAGGAAAAUGGCCAAGAAAGCGAAAAAGGCAAAUACAGGCUUUGCUGAUCAUACACAAGCUGCACAUAAAAAAUAUAUUAAUCUGAUGUCUGAUUUCAAACCAGAUAUGAAUGCUUAUAAUGAAAAGAAACUUCAGACAAUUGAGCGUGCUAUUCGUAAUGGUGAAGAUCCCUCAGAUGUUGUAGUCAUGGCUAACUCUUUGGAUUAUGCAAGUUUAGACGAUAAACCUUCAAAGCAAGCAAUAAAUAAAUUAGCAGAAGAAACCAAGAAACAAAUUGAGAAACGUGAAACUAGAUCUCGUGAACGUAAAGAACCCACUGACGACAUUUCAUGGAUUAACGAAAAGAAUCGUGUAUUCAAUCAAAAAAUUGCAAGAUUUUAUGAUAAAUAUACAAAAGAAAUUCGUGAUAAUCUUGAAAGAGGCACUGCUUUGUAGAUAUUAAGUAAAAAAAAAAAAAUAAUAAUAAUAAUAAUAAAAAAA